AUGACUACAAUGAGCGGCUCCGUCAGUACUGCCCUUGGCGAGUCGCACUACAAAGAGAACAUUAACAUGGCUAUUUCCGCCACAGACCAGGUUUCUAAUUCCGUGAAUCCGGCCACCAUCGUCGUUGAAUUCCCUCGUGAUAGCCCUUUCAUUGACCGGGGGUCGGUCUGUAAAAGACUAUCUAUCGGUUUUUCGUUGUCACUUCUUGACUUUGUGUUGGGCUAUGCCGCUUCAGUAUUGUUUGCAGUGUUUACAUUUAUUGUCUUAGGGCUCAAUAAGUCUCUCAUGAAUGAAAUAGGAGGGGGACUCCAUGCUCAUUUCGGUGUGGCGUCCAUUUCACUGUUCUUUGGGCUUCUAGAUGAUAGGUUUAUCAGUUGGACGCAGAAGAAAAACAUUCCAGUCCCCAUGUUUAACUUCAUAUUCCUGCUUAUUUGCUUAGUAACAUACGUUCCUCUAUACCUUCUAGAAUACUUAACUAUAGCAGCUGUAUUCCAGGUUGAUCGCUCGACUAACCACAUGCCUGCGGUGUGGGCUAUCACGUUUAGAGAACAGCUGCUCUUUCUUAUCUUCAAUAUGACUAAUGCGUUUUUGGGUGGCAAUGUUAUCCCUGGCCUAUCUGGCUGGCGUUACAUGGUCUUUGUACAUGCAGUUUCCUUCUUCAUCUGGUUCCUUUUUGUUGAUAAGAUACUAACCCAGACGCUGUUCUGGACACCGGAGCUACCCAGGUUUACCGAUUAUGAAGGAUACAAGCUCCUGGGUGGGAUGAUGCAGACUUUUGUGAUGGGAACACUGAGCUUUCUAUCAAUACACCGCUUCCUAGUGCGAGAGGUCUUGAGCAAACUGUCACCGGGAAAGCGGCUGAGUUAUGUUCUUCCUCCGUUCCUAGGAUAUGCUGUUCUACAGUGGGCCACUCUGUAUGGAAUUAACGUCCUUGCGUUUCCAAAGGCGACGCUCUACGCGCGAGCGAAUGCUGUGUGGAGCAAUAUUUCCAUGAGCUGGGUGGGCUUCCAGAUUGUUGGCUUCCGUUUGUCUGGGCCUAUGUGGCACGGUCUCUGUCGUGUCUACGACCCGUUUACUAAUCAACUACGUCACAAUAGGUACGGUAUCGUUCUUUACAUCUUCUUUUCUGUGAUACUGGGGCAUCUCUACGGCUUCUUCUUUUACCUUCUUUUCCACUACGUCUCUUGGCCAUAUAUCUGGUCGAGGUUCUUUGGGAUGACGUUUGCUGACGACGAUAUGCUUGCGCGUUUGGAUUAUACUCUACCGUUCUCAUUAGGCACCAUCCUUCUGGCAGUUUAUAACAACGAUGUCUAUUACAAACGGGGAAACUGGGGCCGUUUUCAGCUCAACUGCGAGGAAUAA